AUGAGGGGAUAUGAUGAUAUGGCAAGCCUCAAAGGAAUUCAGCAGCGACAGCAAGCUUCAAACUCGAACAUCACAAGCAGCCAUGUGAAGAUGCCGGCAAUGGAGCCAUUGGACGGCGCACCACCAGCAAUUGCUAUUGUGGGAAUAGGGUUGAAACUCCCAGGUGGAAUCACAACAACUGACGAAUACUGGGAUCUCCUCAUAAAUAAAAGGAAUACACGACGACAGAUCCCUGAGAAUCGAUAUGGAGCACAUGCCUUUGAGAGCAAGCUGGGAACGCCUGGUACGUUGAAAAGCACAUACGGACACUAUUUAGACUGCGAUCUGGAGAAAUGGGACGCGUCAUUCUUUUCUAUGAGCAAAGCAGAAGUCGAGAAGCUUGAUCCGCAGCACAGACUGUUGCUGGAAGUGAUUUGGGAAUGCAUGGAGAAUGGAGGGCAAAAGAACUGGCGUGGCCGCAACAUUGGCUGCUACGUUGGUGUCUUUGGUGAAGACUGGCUGGACCUCUAUGCCAAAGAUCCUCAGCAUCUAGGCACGCACCGAAUCUUGACCGGGGGGGAUUUUGCACUAUCCAACCGCGCAUCUUAUGAAUAUGAUUUGAGAGGCCCCAGCAUGACUAUUCGUACUGCGUGCUCGUCUUCACUUGUUGCACUCCACGAGGCCUGCCAAGCCAUAUAUGCCGGCGAGUGUGAGUCUGCAGUUGUUGCUGGAACCAGUUUAAUUCUAUCGCCGACUAUGACUAUCGCCUUAUCCGAACAAGGAGUUCUUUCACCAACGGGCUCAUGCAAGACGUUUGAUGCCAAAGCAGACGGAUAUGCGCGCGGUGAAGCAGUCAAUGCAGUCUUUAUUAAGAAGCUCGAGGAUGCGAUUCGCGACGGCGAUCCGAUCCGAGGUGUCGUCCGGGCGACAGCCACCAACUUUGACGGCAAAACUAUUGGCAUAACCAAUCCUAAUCAAGAAGCACAUAUAGCUCUCAUGCGUCGUGCUUACAACGUAGCCAAGAUCUCGAAUAUUAGCGACACAGCCUUCGUCGAAUGUCAUGGGACAGGCACAUCGGUCGGUGAUCCGAUGGAAACAGGAGCAGUAGGCCAAGUCUUUGGCGACCAUGGUUUAUACAUCGGAUCGGUGAAACCAAACAUUGGCCACGGAGAAGGCGCAUCUGGUUUGAGCAGCUUGAUCAAGGCUGUCUUGUCUCUGGAACAUGAGACAAUCCCACCACAGAUCAACUUCUCUGAGCCUAGUCCUAAAAUAAAAUGGGAUAAAUACCAUUUCAAAGUCCCAACGACGCCAACUCCAUGGCCAAAGGACCGCUUGAAGCGUGUAUCAGUGAACUGCUUUGGCGUGGGAGGUGCCAACGCUCAUGUUAUUGUUGAUUCAGCCAGGCCAUACAUCUCACAAGAAGAAAAGGUCUCUACCAAGAGCCCUCAGUUAUUAGUCGUUUCCGCCCACCAGGCUAAUUCAUUGAAACAAAGAGCGUCAGAGAUAUUUAAUUAUGCUGAACGGCAUCCAGACAGGGUGCCAGAUCUGGCAUACACCCUCGGAGCGAGAAGAGAAGACUUGAGCCAGCGAGCUUUUGCUAUUUAUGAUGGUGUAAACCCCCCUGAACUUUCCCCCAUCAUCAAGCACAAGGAUCCCCCUCAGGUCAAUUUUGUCUUUACCGGUCAAGGAGCCCAAUGGGCAGGAAUGGGUGCCGACCUUUUAGAACAAUAUCCCUCCUUUCAAGACGAUAUACGAAAAAUGGAUGCUACUCUCAAGAGCCUGCCUCAUCCUCCUCAAUGGACAAUAGAGGAAGAGCUCAAGCGACCUCAAGGAGAAAGCAAAAUACAGCAGCCCGAAUUCUCACAGCCAAUCUGCACAGCUCUUCAAAUCGGUAUUGUCAAUGUUCUUAAAGGAUGGGGUGUCAAGCCCGAGGCCGUAGUAGGCCAUUCCAGUGGUGAGAUGGGUGCCGCAUAUGCAGCCGGCGCUCUGACUCUCGAAGCAGCCAUUAUAAUCGCUUACUAUCGCGGGCAAGUGACGCAGCAUCAUGGACGAAUCGGUGCAAUGGCAGCCAUUGGUCUCGGUUGCGAUGAUGUGACACCCUAUCUCCAGGACGGCAUUGCGGUGGCAUGUGAGAACAGUCCCAAGAGUGUGACUUUGUCAGGAGACGUGGACCAUUUGGACGAGGUGAUUUCUCAUAUCAAGGAAGACAUGCCCGACUGUUUUGCUCGUAAGUUGAGAGUCGAGAGGGCUUACCAUUCGCACCACAUGCGUGAGAUUGGUGAUACAUACGAGAAGCUGCUCGAUGGUCUCAUAAAAGAUGCGAAGCCCAUUGUACCCUUCUUCUCCAGCGUCACUAAAAGGCAGAUCAAGAGAGCCGGGCAGCUGGGACCAUCUUACUGGAGACAGAACCUGGAAAGCCCAGUCUUGUUUUCUCCAGCAGUCCAGCUUAUGAUGCACUCUGCUGUUAGAGAUACAGUCUAUCUUGAAAUAGGUCCCCAUUCUGCUCUCUCUGGCCCGCUUCGAGAUAUCCUCAAGUCUAUCCAGAUGUCCACUGCAUCAACUUACAUUCCGACACUCAUUAGAAACGAAAAUGGGCCUAAAUCAUUACUCAGCUCUCUUGGGCGUCUAUAUCAAGAGGCUGCCUCUGUGGACAUUUCAGCCACGACGACAGGCCGCACCGUGUUGACAGAUCUUCCCAACUAUGCUUGGCAACAUGAUACCACGUACUGGUAUGAGAGUCGAGUUUCACGAGAAUGGCGUCUUCGCAAAUUCCCUCCUCACGAACUCCUUGGAAACCGCAUUCUCGAAUCUGACGACUUGGAGCCUUCUUGGAGAAACAUGUUUCGCUUGGAUAAUGUGCCCUGGGCUCGAGAUCAUAAGAUUCAAGAUGACAUUGUCUUGCCCGCUGCUGCUUAUAUCGCAAUGGCUAUUGAGGCUGUAAGACAGCUCAACGGUGGCGACGAAACGGAUGCAUCUCUAAGACAGGUGGAGAUUCAAAAUGCCUUGGUAUUAAAGGAACAACAAGCACACGAGAUUAUUACGCAUCUCCGUCCAGUUCGUCUCACCUCAAAGCUUAAUUCUGUUUGGUACGAGUUUUCCAUUUCGUCUUUCAACGGCACUUCCUGGACCAAGCACUGUACUGGAAAGGUCCGAGCAGGAAAAGAAAUCAGCGCCGGCUCCGAAGAUGUUGAUGAACAGCCGCGCCAGGUUUCCACUGCAGGCUGGUAUCGCGCCAUGAAGAAAGUUGGACUGAACUACGGCCCCGAUUUCCAAGGCUUAUCCAACAUUUCAGCUCACCCGGGGAGAAAUACUGCUGCAGCUACUAUUAGGAAUCGCGAUCCAACACUGGAUCCUUAUUAUCCUUUGCAUCCCAGUAUAAUUGACCUUGUACUACAAGCCUUUACGGUAGCGAUUGCUGAUGGGUUGACUCGCAAACUCAAACAACUUUGUGUCCCAACCUAUAUCGAUGAGCUCUACAUCAACAAUGGUCAGCCAGAAAUGCGCCUCGGAACGGCUGCGGUAUCAAGCGUAACGGGAGCGAUUCGCGGCUCUGCCACCAUCAUGGCCGAUAAUAAAGUGAUCUUGAGUCUAAGAAAUGGAGAGUUUAGUCCUCUGGAAAGUGGCGAUACGGAUGAAACUUGUCCGCUACGAGCUGCUCACUUACACUGGAAACCCCAUGUCGAUUUCAUUGCUCCAAAUAACCUUAUACAAUCAGUCCGCUCACCUCCAGGCGAGGUGUCAGAGGUUGAGAAAUUAGCUCUUUUAUAUCAGUUGGAUGCUCUCAAUGGGGAUUACGAGAAUGUCCCGGAUUGCGCUCGUCUCGCUCGUCUUAAUUCGAAGAAAUUGAAAACAGAAAUCGACGCUGCAAAGAAGCCCCUCCUACACACUGGGUGUGCCAAAAUUUCUCUGCUUCUUAGUCGACUAGCUGCAGCAGCUGAGGCAAUCUUCAAGGGCGCAGAGAACGCCGAUGAUAUACUCAAACAAGAUGGACAUUUUGAUGAUUUGUGCAGUUUUCUCAGUGGAAAGAGUGAUUUCUCAGUGCUGCUCAGCUCUUUGGCUCAUAUCAAUCCAACAAUGAGGGUCUUGGAGCUUGGAUCUGGGUCCACCAAUACCACUGCUGCGACUGUGAAAGCCCUCGUUAACUCGAUCGGCGAGCGCAGUUAUAGCAAAUACGUCUACACCGCCCAAAACGAAGAGACUAUCCAUCUUGCAAGUAAGGAACUAGAGGGUUAUGACAAUAUCGAAUACAAGAUCCUGGACAUCUCCAAAGAUCCUAAAUCGCAAGACUUUGACCUUUCCUCAUUCGAUCUCAUUAUUGCCAAUAGAACCCUUCAUUUGUCCCCUCAUAUUCAAGAUACCCUUCAGAAUAUUCACAAACUCAUCAAACCAAAUGGUCGAUUGCUUAUACAAGAGUUGUCACCUAGUGCGAACUUUUAUAAAUUUAUAAUUGGCUUCACUCCCGAUUGGCAGAGAGAUAUGGAAGAUGAUCGCGUGGACAAGCGCCUGCAUGAGGCACAUCAGUGGCAUGACCUUCUCAUAGAUGCUGGAUUCUCGGGGAGCGAAGGUCUGAUUAUGGACGAUGACCAUAUGACAGCGACCAUUCUCACUACUGUAGCUACUCCUAUUCGCGAGCCUGGAAAGGUCACUCUUCUUGGACAAUCAUAUUCCCAGGAUCAUACAAAUGCUCUCUCCGAGUUACUGAGCGAGAUAGGCUACGAAGUCGAAUUGCGUACUAUUUCACAAGAGCCUGAUCCAAAGGCAGAUGUUAUUUCUCUAUUAGACCUUCACGACACAAUGUUCUUUGAGAUGACUGAAGAUACUUUCACCUCAUGGCAGAAGUAUCUUGGCAAGUUUCCAGCUGAAAGAGGGCUACUGUGGGUUACCGGACACGCCCAAGUCGGAUCACAAGAUCCUCGGUACGCAACGUCCAUUGGCGCAACUCGAAAUAUCAGAUCCGAGCUUUCACUAGAUUUUGCUACGUUAGAGGUGGACUUGGCGAAUUUCGAUGCGGAAAGCAUUCUACAUGUUUUCCACAAAUUCUGCAAUAGAGUUAAGGAUGACGAGUUUGAUCCUGAUUGGGAGUACGCAAUUGUCAAUGGAAGGGUUAUGAUACCACGAUAUCAAUGGAUAGAUAUCGCGGAGCAUGCUGGAGAGACACCUCGUACAAAAUCCGAGUCUCCCGAAAAGCUUGAAAUUGCUCGCAUGGGCCAACUACAAACGCUUCAGUGGGCAGAAGACGAGACAAAACUACUUCAAGACGGUCAAGUCGAGAUUGAGCCCCGUGCUGUUGGUAUGAACUUCAAAGACGUUCUUGUUGCCAUGGGCAUUGUUGAAGGUUACAAACCGGGCCUUGGGAUUGAAUGUUCCGGUAUCGUCCACAAAGUCGGCAGUAAUGUUGAAGGCCUUUCACCUGGAGAUCGAGUAAUGACCAUUGGUCACGGAUGCUUUACAACAAGCUUCAUCUCAGAGGCAAGUCUUGUGGUCAAAAUUCCCGGUAACCUUAGUUUUGAAGAUGCUGCUACAGUUCCAUGCGUCUAUGCCACUGCAAUCCAUGCACUCAUCAACUUGGGCGGACUGUGUGAGGGCAUGUCACUUCUUGUCCAUUCUGCUUGUGGUGGUGUCGGUAUUGCGGCACUCAAUAUCUGUAAAAUGAUGGGUGCCGUUAUAUACGCCACUGUCGGCAACGCCGAGAAGGUCCAGUAUCUGAUUGAGAACUUUGGGAUUCCUCGCGAGCACAUCUUUAACUCUCGUGACGUCUCAUUCUAUGGUGACCUCAUGACUGUUACUAAUGGCCGAGGCGCUGAUUUAGUACUCAACUCUUUAUCAGGAGAGCUGUUGCACACUUCAUGGAAGUGUGUCGCUCCGUUUGGAAAGAUGCUUGAAAUUGGAAAACGCGACUUCAUCGGCCGAGGGCAGCUGGGGAUGGAAGUAUUCGAGUCCAACCGCUCAUUUCAUGGGAUUGACAUGUCGCAAAUGGCUGUUGAAAGGCCAGACAUGUGCAAGAAGAUCUUACAACAAUUCAACAAAUAUUAUAAGAAGGGUGCUAUUAAGCCCAUCGCACCUGUGAAGCACUUUGAGGCCGGGGAUAUCAUCGAGGCUUUCCGAUACAUGCAAAAGGGCCAACACAUUGGCAAAAUUGUCGUAUCCAUGCCAAAAGACCAAUCAAAGCUUCAAUCGGCGACAAAACCUCAAGCUGUAAAGUUUAAAUCCGACAGGACAUACCUGUUAGUUGGAGGAUUCGGCGGCUUGGGCAAAUCUGUCUCCAACUGGAUGGUAGAAAACGGCGCACGUCAUAUAAUGUACUUGUCACGAUCCGCCGGGGAUUCUGAACAAGAUAAGAGGUUUAUCAAAGAGAUCGAAUCACAAGGGUGUGCGGUCCAGGCCAUCAAAGGGAGCGUCACAAGCCUCCAAGAUGUCUACCGAGCGGUGGAACAGGCGACAAUGCCAAUUGCGGGCGUUUUCUUGAUGACUAUGGUUCUGAGGGACCGUGGUAUUCUACAGCUCUCUCAUGAUGAUUGGUUUGCGGCGGCCAGGCCCAAGGUUGACGGCGCCAUCAAUCUCCAUCAAGCUUUGGAACACUGUGAUUUGGACUUCUUCACCUUAUUCAGCUCCAUAUCCUAUGUCGGUUUGCCUGCAGGUGUGGUGAAUGUAGGUGUUGUGGACGAUAUUGGAUACGUGGUUGAAAACCCAGCUCUCUUGGAGCAGUUUCGUGCUCACAACUUCUAUACAAUGGGUAAAACUGAACUCCUCGAUGCCCUCGCGUAUACCCUGUCUCAUCAGCACCCAGCGGCGUCCUCUUCAGACGAUGGCUUCGUUAACCCAGCAGAGCUCACCAUCGGCCUCAAGAGCACGAAGCCAUUCUCCGAUCCUAAUAAUCGCUCCAUUUGGAAGCGCGACCGACGCAUGGCCCAAGCACAUCUCCAAGAUCCCGGUGCAACUUCCGGUGCUUCAACCGGAUCCGAGGACUUUGGUCAGUUCAUGAAGAGCGUCAACGCCAAUCCCUCGCUGCUUGAUACACCGAGCAACCUCGAUUUUCUGACAGCUCAGAUUGGCACGUGUAUUUACAACCUCAUGUCACGAGAUGUCAAGGACCUAGACCUCAGCCUGAAUUUGACCCAGCUCGGUGUUGAUUCGCUUGUUGCCAUCGAGAUUCGUAAUUGGUGGCGCCGUACACUUGGAGUCAACGUCAGCGUGCUUGAGUUUAUGGGUGCUGGAAGCAUAGAAAACUUGGGCAAAUUAGCUGCCAAGGGCAUAAAGGAAGCCCACAGAGCCGCAUAG